ACGAGAAAAGGGGGAGGGGGGUCUCGUCCAAUGGCACUCCUCGGGGUGGGACUCCUCCACUGUCUCCCCGCGAGUCACAAAAAGAGGACACUUGGCGAACGGCUGUCCUCACAUCUAACUGCCUGUAGGUAAUCCCUGCUGUCUUGGAUUUAGCGACUUUAAAAGUUAACAAGAAAGUGGGCGCAAGCCUGACUUGACGCCGUGUUUGGCCAUGGAGGUGUGCUUGAAGGUUUCCGUGUUUGUGGCAGCGUGUUUCUCUUUUACCUGCGGGUAUUAUGAAGGUUCUGGAUACUCAGCACUAGAAGAUGACGAAGACUCAUAUGCACGUAGAUAUAGAGAAACUCCUUGGUGUGCUCCAAUCAAGGUUAAAAAUGGCUAUGUCAACUGUAGAACUCCCAGAGGAGAAUAUCACAAAAAUGUUCUUGGAACCAGGUGUAGUAUUCAAUGUAAAAAGGGCUAUGAGAUGCAUGGGAACCCAGAAGUUGUCUGUCUGUCAAGCAAGCGCUGGUCAGGAAAUUAUGCAUGCAGUGAAAUCCGCUGUGCUAAGCUUGCAAUGCCUGCCAAUGGUGGUUAUAAAUGUUCAGAUGGUUCCUAUUUUAACUCAAGGUGUGAGUUUUUCUGCUCUCCUGGGUACCAGCUGAAAGGAGACAGGACUGUAAGUUGCAUGAGCAGCAAAGCCUGGAGUGGGAGAAACCCAACAUGUGAGGAUGUGGAACCACCAACUAUCCAAUGCCCAAGUGUAAAAGAUAAGACGGCUGAUCCAGAAAAGCUAACAGUGCGAGUGUACUGGGAUACUCCUGAAGGAAGAGAUACAGCUGAUGGUGUUUUAACUGAUGUCGUUUUGAAAGGAUUACCUCCUGGCUCUUACUUUCCUGAAGGUGAUCAUAAAAUCCAGUACACCGUGUUCGACAGAGCAGGGAACAAAGCGACUUGCAAAUUCUCAGUGAGGGUUCGAGUUCGAAGGUGUAACACUUUGAGCCCACCAGAUAAUGGCCACAUGAAGUGCAAUUCUGAUGGUAACAACUACGGGGCAACCUGCAUGUUUUCCUGUAUGGGUGGAUAUGAACUACAAGGAAGCACGGCUAGAGUCUGCCAGUAUGGUCUGGCAUGGGCUGGUAGUGAAGCAACCUGUGCACCUAUGAAUAUUAAUGUGGGUGUCCGAACUGCUGCUGCUUUGUUGGACCAGUUUUAUGAGAAGAGGCGUUUGCUGAUUGUCUCUGCCCCGACUGCUGCCAAUCAUUAUUAUAGAUUCCAAAUGGAAAGCCUCCAGCAAGCACAGUGUGGCCUGGACCUGAGGCAUGUAACUGUCAUUGAACUUGUGGGUGUUUAUCCAGCUCAACUUGGGAGAAUAAGACACAAACUCAUUCCACCUGGCCUGGCCCUACAGAUAAGGUUGCUGUUGCAGAUUUCACACACCAAAUACAACAUGGUGCUUCUUGAUAAAACUGGCACAGAUAAGGAGCGCUAUGCUUUCCCGGUCACGGCUGCUGAACUCUUUACAUUCAUUGACACUUUCCCCCUGAGAAGGGAAGAAAUGAAAUUGCAGGAAGAGGCUGGGCAAAAAUGCAGUUAAUUAUUUUUUAUUUUUUGUCAUUGGAAGGUUUACCAUUUUAAUUAAGAGCUCCAUUCAAAACGAGUGCAAAGGAAAAGCAUGGCUCUUUAGGUGUCACAGAGGUGUACAUAAAUAUCUAAGGUCAUUUUUAUGCAUGAUGGAGUAACUAACUGUGUUUUUUCAAAUGUAUAUUUCUUUCUCUUGACUUUUCUGGGAGUUGAAUCUGUUUUCAUUUUUUUUUUUACCAACAGAAUGUAUUAUACUUUUUAAAAAAAAAA